CCGUGACGUCGUCAUCCGAUGGAAGGGCUAGACUCGCAGCUUACUCCUCCCGAAUCAACAAAGCAGCCUUCUUGAUCUUCCAGCUUAGAUGGAUGCUACUGGUGGUCGAUAUAUCUGUUACGUAUCUCAAGCCUCAUUCAGUGGGACAACAUUGACCUGCUUGGUGCAACAUUUGUUCUAACCGACGUACAUAAAGGCCACUAGUACUGGGCCGAUAAACCCGAAAACGCAUUGUAUUGUGAUCGACAAAUGAUACAUAAGCAACAGGCUAUUCCACUUCUCUAAAUCUCUCUCUUAGUCCGAGUUGAGAAGUGACUGGAUAUACUACCACUUGUCAGUCUUGCAAAAUGGGGCUAAACCAAUCGACCGAAUAUGGCCAGCCAUCCUCACCGGAAGAGCUGAGCCACGUGCUUGCUGAACGCUUCGAAACCAAAUGCUUCAGUCCCUUAGAAUUAACCCAUUUCAAAGACAACUUCUUUACUCGUGCAACGGGGCAAGGAGACUUGAAGUAUUGGAACGAGAAGAUUCUUUCCGACUUUUUAGCGAUCCCAGAUUGCAGUGAAGCCGAAUGUCCCCUAGAUGCUGGCCCUGUCAUCUUCCGGAUGGUGUCGUAUCUAGGGGCCUUUCCUUUCCAAAACACAUUGGCUCCGAGCGUACUAACAUUCGAGGCUAUGGUUAAAGUGGUUGUCUUGCUAACUGAGAGAUAUGGGAGAGUUCUAAGACGAGCGCGCAAAGACAGAAUUAGGCUACUAUUUGGGAGCCUUGCCGAUGUAGGGAGGAAAGAUGUUGAUCAGCCGGCGAAUUAUAAGUGUGACAAGGAAAACGACGAAGAUCAUUCUGCUGUUAAGUCUCAUGCUCCUGGAUUUUCCGUUGACGAACCUACAAAUGAUAACUAUGAAGACGACGAAGACGACGAUCUCGCGCUUGCGGCUUUGGAGUCUCUGGACGCUAUCGAAGUGUUCAAACAUGACUCUCGUAUUGAUAAGGCAGCCUAUGAAUCCCGGAUAUCCAUUGCCACAUUUCGUCGCCUUUUGAUGCUGCUCCUUGUCACAUCACCUCUAAAGCCGUUAGAAUCCGUAAGAGCAUAUACGUCCGACUUGCGUGAAGAGCGGAUGCAAGCUGUAAGGAAGCAGGCCGAUAACAUCUUAGCAGCAUUUCCUCGGGAAGAGUCGGGAGGAAUUAGCUACAAGGCGUUUGCUAAGACCAUUGACACUUCGUUGCCAUAUCUGUUCGAUCCUUUAACCCCUUUAUUUGAGCACCUUCUUUUCAGCAAAAAUUUGAACUUGUCCCAGAAGCGUGACCGAAGCGACUCAACAACAGGGACUAUAGACGAGACGUCAGAGACUCCCCCGCCAUCCCCUGAAUCGAUUAUGCUCCCCGGUAGCUUUAGAUCUACAAUAUUGAAUCCAAGCAUUGUAUCACACCUGUCAUUUUUCCUACCGUCGACCAACGGCAGCCAGAACUUUCUCCGUGAUAACUUGCGUCUACAUCCCAUCUUCUCAACCGCAGCGCAUGGCUCAUCUCUAACUUCAUUUUCUCACAACGUCCUUACGUGGCAGUCAGGCACAUUGUUACUCCUCGAGGGUGCCGUUAUCGGGUCGCACAAUGAGAAGAUGGUCACUCUAGGAGCAUAUCUACCACAACCUUGGAGAUCCGGUUCCUCCAGUCAAAGUUCUCGACCCUCGGUGUCCCCUGCGCUCCCUUGUCUUUUCCAAUUAUCCCCAAAUCACUUACUAUUACCUGGCAACCCGUCAACUUCUAUCCAACAGCCCGACACGCCGGCAGCUUAUUUCUCUACCCACUCAGGUAUCUCGCUUGGCUGUCGAAUCCCUCCUGCAUCUCGAAGCCAGCGCUUGCCCCCCUCGCCACUCGGCGCGGGCAGCCUAACAAUUGAUACCAGCCUCGAAACAGCAGAGUUCCAUGUCGCUCCAUUCGGUCAUAAUGGUGUUUUCCUCCCUUCCGGUACCAGUUCGACUUCAGAACCUGCAACCAAAACGCACAUUGAUAUUUACACCCUUGAGCUAUGGGGGUUCGUCCCUAAUCCUGAUGUUUCUUCCUCAGAGAAGAGCGCCAUUGAAUUGCAAAAGGCGAAGUGGGAUUUCGAAUCGAGGGAAGCGGAGAGAAGGCGGAAUCUAAAUAUCAAAGCUGGGGCAGGAGAUUCGGCAAUGGAGGGAGCUCGAUGGUUAUUAGAGACGGCAGGUAUAAUUGGUGAUAACCAUCGGGGCGGAGGGAGUCUUUGAGCCUAUUUCUUUUGGUGUUCUGGAGGGACAUACACAUAUACGGCUAAGCAACUGCAGGCAAUAACUUGGUCGUUGGUAAUAUACAGAGUUCUGAAAUAAUACAUGUCUUGUGAUGACAGUCCUGGUGAAUAUGACAUGCGAGACGUUGGACAAAGGGCAAAUUGAUAUCAUAAUCGCGGCUUUAUACUAGUUAAUUCCAUUGCUAUUAAUGAAAC